AUGAGCCUGGACCCCUAUGAGCCUGGACCCCUCAGGUACGGGGACGAGUACAAGCUAGCAGCGUUCGGAGGGGUGCUGCAGGCGCUGGUGGCGUAUGUGGAAUCGACAGGAGACCACAUCCGGAGCAUUGCUGCUGGGCUGCAUCAGGUCCUCUUCCUCGUGCGCGGCUCCUUCUACCUGGUGGCGAUCACAGAUGCGGGCGAGCCGGAGCCAAUCAUAGAGCGACAGCUGGACCACCUCCACAAGAUGCUCCUCAUGCUGCUGACGUCAGCCAUUGAGAGGUCGUUUCUGCGCAACCCCAAGUUUGACAUCCGGCCACUGCUGGGCGGCACGGAUCGUCUCUUCUCCGCUCUCAUCCACUCCUUCUCCUGGGACCCAGCCAGCUACCUCUCGUCCAUGCGAUGCCUGCGCAUACCAGCAUGGGUGCGCACAACAGUGAGCGGCGCAAUCAAGACGGCUGCCGCCGCCUCCCCUGCACUCUUCGCGCUGGUCUUCUCGGGCUUUGAGGUGGUCACAGUGGCGCACAGGAAGCGAGAGCCUCUUCACUCCGAUGACAUUUUCCUGCUGCUCAACUUCCUCAACGCCUCAGAUUCCUUUCGAACAUCACCCGAGUCCUUCACGCCCGUGUGUCUGCCUCACUACAACCCAGCCGCCUUCCUCUAUGCCUAUGUGCACUACUGGGCGGCAGAGCAGCCACUGCCGCCCACUCCUCGCACCAUCCACUCCCACUCCUCCCUCCGCUCCAACGCCCCCCACUCAAACUCCUCCCGCUCCUCCUCCCGGUCGCAAGCAAGUGCUGGCCCUGGCAUGGGGUGUGAUAUUAUCCCCAUGGGCCAAUCAGAAAACGGUGCUGACGAGGAUGAUGAUUACUCAGGGGCGUUCGACCAAUCAGAGGGCCGGGGGGUGUUUGGUGGUGGGGGGGAGAGGGAGGGGGAGGGGGGAGGAGAAGGUGCGGAGGGAGGGGAAGGGGAGGAGGAAGGAGAGGAGGGAGAGGAGGAGGAGGAUGAGGAGGAGGAGGAUGGAGCAGUGUUAGCACUGGAAAAGCUGAGAAGUGUAUUGGGAGGGGGCAUGGCUGUGGAUAUCCCCUCUGGUGCCGGCACAGCCACUCACACAGACACCCACACGGAUGGCAGCACAGGUCGCAGUGCAGAUAGCAGCGCAAGCAGCGCCCAUGUGGGGCCCGCAGGGUCUGCUGCACUUCGUGUUCCGCAGCGUGCCUCUGCGCCAGUUCGUCCUGGCGGAGUUCCCCUCAGCGCUGAGCGACAGACGGCAGCAGAAGACGUGAGUGCAUGGGGGUUGGGUGUGAGUGCAUGGGGGUUGGGUGUGAGUGCUGGCUGGUUGGUAAGUCUUCUGCGGGCUUACCAGACCAUGCACUCCUCCAUGACAGCUCAGACCCCCGUCACCGCACCGCACGCUACUGGCGGCGCCACGUCAGCAGCCUCCUCUGCCAUGUCAGCAUCCUCGUCGUCCGCGACAGCGUCAUCAUUGCUGGCUGCGAUGGAAACGGGUGGCAGCUGCCCCGUGCCGGGCGGCAUCAAGACGCAGUACAGACGAACCAAGGACUUCGUGCUCCUCUCCUGGCGAACACCUGACUUUGAGAUCAUGGCUGCAUUCGACCCUCUCGCAACUAAGAAGCCGGCCAUUGCAGUGUGCAAUGCCAUCUGUCACAUGCUGCAGCAGCUCGAGUCGGAUCUUUUCCUCCCAGGCUCUGUCAUCUUCUAA